AUGGAGAUCAAGGGGGCAAGCAUUAGCUUACCUGGCAUGAUUGGAGAGGAACGGAAACAUCCUUAUAGUCACAGCUUAGAUGAGGCACUAGAACUAACCGGAUUUGGAAGGGCUCAGAUUGUGCUUCUGUUUCUGUCGGGUGUUUGCUUGAUGACUGUUGUUAACGAAGCGAUCGGUAUAGGCAUCAUCCUACCAAAGGCCCGGUGCGAUCUGAACAUUAAUCCCUGGGAGGAAGGCAUCGUCGGUGGCGCAAUAUUUCUAGGAGUCAUGAUUUCGUCCUACUUCUGGGGUUACCUGGCCGAUACCCGAGGGCGUCAGAUCAUCCUGAAGUGGGCACUGUUUGCGACCUCGUUCUUUGCCGCGAUUUCUUGUCUGGCGAGUGGCUUCACUUCACUGUUAGUACUUCGGUUUCUGACGGGUGUUUGUGUUGCUGCUCCUGCCUCGACGGUGUACGCUUAUCUGGGAGAGUUCACCACACCAAGCAGACGCAGCCAAAUGCUGUCGUUCGCGUCCGUUUGGGGAGGUGUUGGGAUCGUCUACGUAUCACUCGUCGGUUGGUGGAUAUUGUCAUAUGAUUGGGCGAUCGCGAUCACCGACUCGUUCGAGUUCAAACCAUGGCGGUUGCUGUUCAUCAUCAACACUCUACCAGCCUUCCUGAACGGAAUCGCAUUCUGCUUCUGUCCCGAGAGUCCAAAGUUCCUGGUGUCACAGGGACGUAAUGAGGAAGCUCUCGAAGUGCUCAAGAAGGUGUACCAGAUUAACAAAGGCGCGUCUAACGCGGAAGGCUACGAGGUCACAACUCUUCGGCUUGAUCCCGAAGAUGCACUUGCCCGUGAGCAGAACGGAGGAGAUCACUCUGUGGGACUGUUUAAAUCGAUGUUGCAACAAACGGCACCCAUCGUGAAGCUGCCGUAUCUAGUGUACUUCAUCAUCUGUUGUGUUCACAACAUUGGAGCGUUUGCGAUAUACGGUGGUCUGGGACUGUGGUUCCCCGACAUCAUGAACCAAGUGUUGUCGCAUGAUCCAGAACGAUCGUUCGCUACGGGACAGAACGUAUGCAGCUUACUACAUCAACACCAUCCUCAAGCAACAAGAGUCGAUCUAUGUAAAGACGAAGCAGAAACAUACCUCUACACGAUCACACUUGGUUUAAUCAGCAUGGUGCAAGGAUUUUUCACAUCCCUAACGCUUUCGGGGAUCGAACCGAAGAUGAUGAUAAUGGUCAACUUCACGGUGAGCGGUAUCUGUGGUGUUGCUCUCGAGUACGUCACCGCUUCUUACAUGGUGGCAAUACUCUUUUGUGUGGAGAUAGUAUUUGCUGGUUACUGUACAGUGCUGGUCAACGCAAAUGUAAUAAGCAUUUUCUCAACAAGCGUCAGAGCAACGGCAGUGGCACUGACUAGCAUAUUUGGACGUUUGAGCGGCUUUGUAGCGAGCUCCGUUAUUGGAGGGUUGAUUCUUGCUCAUUGCUCAACAACUGUGUUCGUGUUAUCUUCAUUUGUGUUUGCAAGUGCCGGUAUUUCGCUCAUCCUGCCUAACAGAAUUGUUUAA